AUGUCUGUUGCAGUCUGUGAGAAGAGAUUCACACAUUUAUCCCAACUACAAAUUCACCAGCGAGUUCACACUGGGGAGAAGCUGUUCACUUGCUCAGACUGUGGAAAGGGAUUCACUCAGUCAUCCCGCCUACUGGUACAUCAGCAAAUUCACACUGGGGAGAAGCCGUUCACCUGCUCAGUCUGUGGAAAGAGAUUCACACAUUUAUCCGAACUACAAAGUCACCAGCGAGUUCACACUGGGGAGAAGCCGUUCACCUGCUCAGAAUGUGAGAAGAGAUUCACUGACUCUUCCACCCUACAGAGACAUCAGCGAGUUCACACUGGGGAGAAGCCAUUCACCUGCUCAGUCUGUGGGAAGAGAUUCACUCAGUUUUCCCUCCUACAGAGACACCAGCGAGUUCACACUGGGGAGAAGCCGUUCACCUGCUCAGACUGUGGGAAGAGAUUCACUGACUCUUCCACCCUACAGAGACACCAGCGAGUUCACACUGGGGAGAAGCCGUUCACAUGCUCAGUCUGUGGGAAGAGAUUCACUCAUUUAUCCACCCUACAGAGACAUCAGCGAGUUCACACUGGGGAGAGGCCGUUCACCUGCUCAGUGUGUGGGAAGAGAUUCACUCAGUUUUCCCUCCGACAGAGACACCAGCGAGUUCACACUGGGGAGAAGCCGUUCACCUGCUCAGUCUGUGAGAAGAGAUUCACACAUUUAUCCCAACUACAAAUUCACCAGCGAGUUCACACUGGGGAGAAGCUGUUCACUUGCUCAGACUGUGGAAAGGGAUUCACUCAGUCAUCCCGCCUACUGGUACAUCAGCAAAUUCACACUGGGGAGAAGCCGUUCACCUGCUCAGUCUGUGGAAAGAGAUUCACACAUUUAUCCGAACUACAAAGUCACCAGCGAGUUCACACUGGGGAGAAGCCGUUCACCUGCUCAGAAUGUGAGAAGAGAUUCACUGACCCUUCCACCCUACAGAGACAUCAGCGAGUUCACACUGGGGAG